GUGCAGAGGAGGUGACACUCUCUUCUAUUAUCCUAAAGUAGGGAGCUGCACUGGAAGCAGAUGUGUUGAUCUUUGGGGUCCUCCAGGAUGAACUGCAAGUCCCAUCCUGGCAUGAUGCCGCUGCUCUUUGCUUUAAUCCUGAGUUUCCAUUUGCAAGGCAUAGCCUCCAGAUGUGUUGACACAGUCUUUGGGGAAGACCUUCAGCCGCUGCCCCCGGGGGUGGAGAGGUGCUCUUUCCCAAGCGGGAUUCUCAAACCAGACGUCUCACCACCUGGAAUGGGAGGCAACAGCAUUGAAGGGGGAGACUCUCGGAUAGUGGGUGGCAGGCCUUCCGCACCUGGAAAUUAUGGAGGAGGCUCUUCUGCACCCCAUUCCCAAGAAGAGAAUCCCUUUCAGUUUGGCAGGCCAAGUAGACCUUGGAAGCCUGGCAACCCAAUGGGGCCUAACUUUGGAGAACCUGGUCAGGAUGGCGGACCAAGACCAUAUGAACCUUGGGGUGCUGCACAACAUGAAGGCGGCACUCCUGAAAGGCCACCUUCUGGCUUUAUCAUCAGACACAACACUCCUAAUGGCCACCCACGGCCAGUAUGGAAGGAACCUGGUAUCCCUUACAUCCCAACCCCUAAGGAAUGGGGAGGACCCUAUGUCCCAGCUUCAAAGGCACCCCCUAAGGCUAGGCCCAAUGCACCAUAUGGUACUCCAUAUGGUGGUGGUGCAGGUUCCCAUACUUCGGGCCAACUCUAUGAUGGGGAAUCCAUUGCAUCUGGCCCAAGGGGGAGAGCUGAUGGCAGUUAUGGCCCCAUACCUGAGGCUUUGCAGCCAUGGGAAGAGCAGGGGAGGGGCAAUCAGCCUCCUACAAACCCUUGUACUCCAAAGUGUUAAGGAAGGGAGGUUAGACUCAACUCUGUGUCCCGGAGAUGGGUUGAGUUGGCUUUGGUUUCCUUUCCAUGUUUGGGCAAGAACUUUAGGGCAGAGAGAUAAAUACAUGUCACAAUUGAAUAUGAGCAGAGCCAGUCUUAAAAACUGAGGACGUGGACCUACAAAUUAAAGGCAUUUCCAAGUUUAUUACUAUGGUUGAUGGACUAUUAUACACUAGAAAGUUUUCUUUUGGCAUUAAGAGUGCCAAUUAAAAUGUGUAGGACUGUUACAACAUGAGAACUCUCGAGAGGACAGCCAUGGCAAUGCAAUGUUAGCUGUGUGGAGUAGCAAUAGCAAUAUCACUUAGACUUAUACUGCUUCAUAGUGCUUUUACAGCCCUCUCUAAGCAGUUUACAGAGUCAACAUAUUGCCCCCAACAAUCUGGGUGCUUAUUUUACCGACCUCGGAAGGAUCGAAGGCUGAGUUAACCUUGAGCCGGUGAGACCCGAACUGCCAAACUGCUGGCAGCCUGUGAACAGCAGAAGUAGCCUGCAGUACUGCACUCUAACCACUGCGCCACCACGGCUCAUAAGUAAUUCUCCUAAGCAGCAUACUUUUUUCCAGAGGUCUAUACUAGUUCUAUAAUUAAGAGGAUGCAGAUUUCUCAAUCUAUUUUGAGAAAGACUCAGCCAUCUUGGCUGGUGAUGAUCAAGUGGCAAUACCAACAUUUUGCACAGCUGUCCAACACACAGUGUUGCUCAGAUGGGAUAACUGCACAUCCUUCACUUCAUAAACAUGAUCUACUGCAGGACUUUCCCUCCAAAUGUAUUAGCCUACGGUUCCCAUCACUUUCACCCUGGAUGCCCCAUAGCCGACCUGCCUAAGGAUUGAUGGGAAUCACAGUCCAACAGACACGAUUAGCAAAAACUCCUAUGCAAGAUUGUGUGGGUGGCUGAGGGGCAAAUUUCAGAUAUAUGAGGCCCCCCUGAGGUAAUCAAGGAGAGAAGCAACUUAGAACUAAGGAGAAAUUUCCUGAUAGUUAGAACAAUUACUGUAACCAGUGGAACAACUUGCCUUCAGAAACUGUGAAUACUCCAACACUGGAAAUUUUAAAGAAGAUGUUGGAUAACCAUUUGUCUGAAGUGGUGUAGGGUUUCCUGCCUAAGCAGGGGAUGGACUAGAAGACCUCCAAGGUCCCUUCCAACUCUGUUAUUCUAUUCUAUUCUAUUCUAUUCUAUUCUAUUCUAUUCUAUUCUAUUCUAUUCUAUUCUAUUCUACUCUACUCUACUCUACUCUACUCUACUCUACUCUACUCUACUCUACUGUAUUCUAUUCUGGAUGUAGAGAAGGAAGACAUCCAGAACUAAGAACUGAUACAAGGAUGUCUUUUGUGUCCUUUGGAGACAGCUGAAGAAAAAGCUCGCCAACAUGUGAAAACCAACCUUUCUAGUUCUGUCAAUCAGGAGACAGAGGAGGAGGAAGGAGGAGAAGGCACACAGGACAGUAGUGUCUAGGCUUCACCAAACAGGCCGGGAAAUUUGUGAAACCAGCUGUAGAACAUGUAUGUGACAUACAUUUUCAAGCUGUGAUUCUUCUGUGCUUUCUCUCACAUUUUUUAGUGUUAGGAAUAAUUUUGAGAUGAAAUUCCAGAUUACAUGCACUUCUGUCUGUCUCCUCUUGGUCAGCUCGUACACUUCUUCCAAAGGUAGAACCUAAUGCCAAUAAAGGAGAAUAUUUGUAGUUCAAGGUUGAAAGUAGGGAUCCUUGGGCCCUCUUUGAGCUUGGUUAUUUUCUUGCAGAUGUUUCAUUACCCAAACUAGGUAACAUCAUGAGUGGUGGUUUGGGUAAUGAAACAUCACAGAAAACAACCAAGUUCAGACAGCACCAAAAAUCUAAUGCCCUACAGAUGUGUUGAGACUAAUACUGCCACUGGAUUCCACAGCUGAAGAUCAGUAGAUUGGAGAAGGCUAGGUUAGGAGAAACCUGGAUGGCUAUCCUGUCAGAAGAGCUGUGUGCACUGGCUCUAAAAAAAUUGCCUUUCUCCCCUCUGCUUUGUGUUACAGCAUGCUUAUUGUCACUUAUGGUGCCUCAGCCAGAUCAUUCUCCAUCUCAUUUAGAAGUGGAAUGCAGUGGAAAUUAAUCUCUGCCUAUCACUGUUAAUACCCCUGCCCUUUCCCGUGUUAUAUUGUUAUACCACUGGAAGCCAAGACUUUUGUAUUCUCAAUGGUCCAGUAUUUGUAUUAAAAUAAUCCAUGCUAUA